UUUCAUUGUGAAUGAAGUUUAGAAGUUUGAAAUGAGGGGCCCUGAAGUUGGUGAUCGUUGGAUUUUUACAGUGUAUAGUGCCAGUCUUUGUUUCAUUCUCAGCCUCCUUAGUAUGUGUCGAUAUUAGUUAUCGUAAUGUCGGUCCGGUGUCAAUGAUUAGUCACGUCGCGCCAGUCGUAAAAGUAGUUCGGUGGUUGUAAGGUGAAUAUUAGUGUGUGGUGCAAAGGAAAGUUAGAAAAUUUUUCUUAUUUUUAUAAAAAUGAGUGGUGAAACAUCAAUGAUUACCGGGGCUGCACGGCUAGUGGAAGAGAUAAGGAGGAGGAUGGAUAAAUUUUCGGAAGAGAAAAGACUCCGGAAAUUGCUGGAGGAAGAACGGAAACAAUCCGUCGUUGAGCUUCUUCAAGGUGCUAAAUUAGAGUCUCUUUUUAAAGAAUCCUUCGAAUUGCACAGAAAAUCCAGGGAUUCCAAUGGCAUUCUCGUCACCUUUGGCAGUUGGGCCCCUGCCCCCGUUCGCAUAGAUGACCGAUUAUUUUGGGGUUACGACAGAGAUCUCGCCCGUGGGCGAGAGAAAAUUCACCCUGCCCAAUCCUGGUUCCAGGAAUACUUCUGGGAUGAGGAAGACCAGGCCUACAUUAGACGAGGUUACUGGGCUCCGCAAGGUUUCCGCAAUCCGGUAUUGGUGAACAACUACUUACCCGGAUUAAAAAUGGUGGUGGGGGGAUUCCCAGCAAGGGGAGUUCCAGAAAUUUGCUUGUUGAAGGACCUACCCAAGAUUCCUCGGAAUACAGGAGUUCAACCCUUACGAAAAGGGCUGAGGAUUAGCUUCCUUCAGUGCCAUGAUUGGCUAGGAAAAGAUCAGCCCCGUAUUAGAGGCUUUUGGCAAUUGAGAUUCGACAUAGACAAUGAUACCGCAUGGUAUGAUUUCCCGAAGCCUUGUCCCUUACUGUUAAAGAAAAUACAAAGUAAGGAGAGAAGAGGGGUGGUACAGAAUUGGGAGGAAGAACCAGAGUCUAGCCUUGAGGAAGAAUCAGAGGAAAGUUUUGAAGAAGAGGAGGAGACUUGGGAAGAGGAGUCAGGGUCGAAUUGGGAGGAAGAACCGGAUGAAAGUGGGAACGAGGGAAGCUUGGAAAGGCUAAGUGUCGUAGGUUCGGAUGGUGUUAGUCUAUAGUUUAUAAAGAUAUAACGGAGGGCAUCCGUGCAACAAUCUUAACAAUUUCCUCCCUUUUAUAACUAGUUAUAUAAAAAAAUUUCUCUCUUUUUUUUUUACUUCCCUUUCUUUAAUAAUAAACGAUAAUCAUUCAAUUUUGUCGCUGUUCGUUAUUCGUUGGCUCACAAUUUCUCAAAAUUGUUU